AUGGGUUCGCAGAUAGGGGAUCCGGAUGAAUUGACGGUUCUCGUCACGGGCUUCGGUCCCUUUAGGGAGCAGUAUCCCAUAAACCCCUCGUGGGAGAUUGCCAGCGGUCUGCCCUCCCACCUGCCGCCGCUCCGGGCAAAGAACCCGAACUCGCGGCACGUCGCCGUUGCGCUGCCCAAGGUGCGCAUCCUGGUGCACCCGGAGCCGAUCCGCGUCAACUAUCGCGUCGUGAGGGACCUGGUGCCGACGCUUUACAGCGGACAGCGGAUUGACCUGGUGAUCCACAUUGGCAUGGCGGGCCCGCGGCCGUUUUACUGCAUCGAGAGGAGGGGUCAUCGUGAUGGGUACAAGCACACUGAUGUUGAUGGCGAGAGGCCUGAUGAGGAGGAGGAGCGUAAGCCUGGGAGCGAUUGGCCGUGGCGGGGUUUGCCUGAGGAGAUUGAGACGGAGCUGGACGUGGAAGAUGUGCUUGAGCGAUGGCAGGCACACAGUUCGGAGGAUAUGGACCUUCGCAUCUCCGAGGACGCAGGGAGGUAUCUGUGCGACUUUAUCUACUACUCGAGCCUCGCCGAGCUGUGGAAGCUGCAGCGGCCGAGAAAGGUGGUGUUUCUUCAUGUGCCGGCCGACGCAUCGCACCAGAGCAUCGAGAAAGGACGAGAGUUGGCUGUGAAUUUGAUACGGUCCAUUGUCGAGAGCGAGACGGACAAGUCGCGGGAGGAGUAG